GUGGAAUUCCGGUGGUGUCCGAAAUGGAAAAGCGGUGGUGUCGUUCUUCUUCUCACGGCCAAACGCGUCCGAGACUGAGCAGCAGUGUCUGCUGCUGCACCACUUACAGCCAUGUCUUUACGGUCAUCCGUGCUGCGGGUGUCGCAGCUGGCCCUUCAGAAACCAAGAAAUAUUCACGUGGCAGCCUCCAGAGCCUCAGUUUUCUCCGGUGACAUAUUUGCCGACAUGGGCGUAGACAGACCGCGUCCGGUCGCACCAGAGGUCCGUCCGAAGGGCCCAUCUGAGUGGAACCACGAAAAUCCAGUCGUGCCUUCAAAGCCCCUACCGAACAGGCAAGCUGCAGAGCCACCAAAAUACCACUUCCAUGCUCACUUCUCCGCGAACAACACCAAGAUCUACCUCGCUGAUCCAAAGGGACGUCCUAUCCCACGGGGGUGGUGGUCUGGAGGAAGCUGUCGUUUCAAGGGUGUAAACAGGAGCACUCAGGAAGCGGGCUAUCAGUGCGCGGUGCACGCGUUUCGUAGGGUAGAAGAAAUAAUCCAAGAAAAAGGGCCAAUAACGCUUUCCGUUCAUCUCAGGGGGUUUGGCAAGGGUAGGACGGCCGUCGAGCAAAUAUUUUUAACCAGCGAAGGAGAGAAGGUGCGCCCGUUGGUCACGGAGGUGGAGGACAGGACACCUAUAAAGGUUGGUGGUACGAGAGCCAAGAAGGCUAGACGACUCUAGUCCUAGUCCUGGUUACUCUAUAGUUACUCUAUUGUGGAUCCUAGGAAUCGUGCAUGACGAUACAAUAACUUCUGUCUCUUUCGGCUGGCAUGACAUGCAUCAAAUAUGAUAUCUAUGAACGGAUCUGAAGUAUACUUGUAUCCUGGCCUCACUAACGAAGCCAGUGCCACCUUCUUGUCUAUCUCUAUGUCCUCUAUGAGUGCCUCUGUUGCUACGAUUGAGCGUCACAAUGAUGCAUAUGCUACAACCUCACUUACCACGCGACGUGUAGUCCAACUCGGGGCGAAUGUAGCCCAAUACCAACGCUCUCAUGUUAUACCCGUAAAAAUCGUC